CGGCCCUGCCCCUGCCCGGGGAACCCAGGAUCGAACCACUUCAAUGGACAUUCCUGCCACUCGGACUACGCUGCUAAUCAGAUCAUAUGCAGCUGCAAACAAGGCUACACUGGUUCACGCUGUGACCAGUGUGCGCCUGGUUACUACGGCGACCCCGAGCGACCCGGAGGACAGUGUCUCCCGUGCCGGUGCAACAACAACAUUGACCCCAACGACCCCGAGUCAUGUGACCGCAGGACUGGCCGGUGCCUCAGGUGUCUAUACCACACCCACGGGCAGUUCUGCUCCCAGUGUGAGCCCGGUUACUUUGGAAAUGCCAUCGUCCAGGACUGCAGACGCUGCACCUGUGUUUCUGCUGGAACCCGUCAGUCUGCGUGCAGCGAAGGACAUUGUCACUGUGACCCCGAGAGCGGCGCCUGCCCCUGCAGGGAGAACGUCCAGGGCCGCGUCUGCGACCAGUGCGCCCCAAACCACUGGAACUUCGGCAACGAGAGAGGCUGCGAGCCCUGCAACUGUGACCCCCAAAACUCCCUGGGAACUCACUGCAACAUGUUCACAGGCCAGUGCCACUGCCGUCCAGGUUUUGGAGGGAAAAAUUGCACCCAGUGUGAGCAGUUCUACUGGGGAGACCCGCAGGUGGAGUGUCGAGGUAAACGCCGCCCAUCAGAGGAACACAAACUGCAGUGAAAUCCUUUAAUGUAU